AGCCAGCAGGCGGCGCUGUGCACCGGCUCGUUGGUGUCAAUAGAAGAAGAAGAAGACCCCGGAAGUGUUUGAGCGGCGGCAGGAAGCAGCAGCAACAACAACAACAACAGCGGCGAGGAUUUACCGUCAAGUUUCCUCUUAUUCAUCAGAGGAGCACAAACAAGCAGAGAGAUGCUGCGCAGGAAACCGACCCGUCUGGAGCUGAAGAUGGACGACACGGAGGAGUUCGAGAGCGUCAAGAAAGAGCUGGAGGCCAGGAAGCGGCAGCGGGAGGAGGCGGAGUCCAGCGCAGCAGUGGGCGGGGCUUCAGCUAUCAGCGUGGACAUUGUGAGCAUAGGGGGCGGAGCCUCGUCAUCGUCAGCGACCUCGAGGGCGGACCUUAUCAACGAACGAAUCGGAUACAAGCCCCACCCCAAGCCGGCCACGCUGCCCACCUUAUUUGGAAAUCUGCAGUUUUGAA